AUGGGAAAUUAGCGUUUAAAGUGUUGCGGAAGCUAAGAUCAUAAUAUCGGAAUAGAGAUAAGACAAAAAAAUCCAGAAUUAAAGUCUAUCAGAACUCAGAAAUCAAUUAUCUCAUAAUAAACAACAAAUGGUGCCCCUAGAAAGUUAAGUGGUAAGAAGACUGAAUGGGAUUUCUAGCAUGAUGAAAUUUAUAAGAUAGUUGAGAAGAAAUGGCAAGAUAGGCUAGAGGAUCUUGAGUAUACCUAUGAAUUGGAAUUUGAAAGUAAAAAGAAAUACAAAGGUUAUCUCAAAGAGGGGGUUAUGCAUGGCCCAGGAAGUAUGCUUUGGGCUGAUAAUUCCGAGUAUCACGGUGAAUGGCACGAAGGAUUCGCUACUGGUUAUGGAAUCUUAAAGCAUGCAGAUGGAGAUGUGUAUCUUGGUGAUUGGGUUAAAGACAGGUCAUAGGGGAACGGUAAAUAUACUCGCCCUGAUGGAUCUUAAUAUGAAGGCUCAUGGUUAGAAGAUAUGUAACAAGGAUUCGGAGUAGAAACAUGGCCUGAUGGAGCCUCUUAUAAUGGAUAAUAUAACUAAGGAAAGAAACAUGGACAUGGUUAGUUCAAAUGGGGAGAUGGUUCAACUUAUGAAGGCGAUUUCAUUGAUAAUAACAUUGAAGGUAAGGGUGAGUACACAUGGCCUGAUGGAAGAGUCUAUACAGGCUCUUGGUAUAACAAUAAAUUGUAAGGAAGUGGCAAAUAUACUUGGAGUGAUGGAAGACUUUAUGAAGGAGAAUAUCAUGAUGAUAAAAAAUAGGGUUUUGGAAAAUACACUUGGCCUGAUAAAAGAGUGUACGAAGGAUAAUGGUAUGAUGGAAAACAGCAUGGAGAAGGCAUUUAUAUAAACGCAGAUGGCAAGAUACAAAAGGGUCUCUGGUAAUAUGGCAAGCGUAUUUAGUGGAUUGAAAGCGUGGCUGAAAACCAAUGA